UUUAUAAGGUGAGGAAGGAACGGAAGGUUUCCUAAAGCCGGACGGAGAUUGGCCCGUGCAAAGGCAGAAGUUGCCAGCACCAGGAACAAAGUGGGUCGAGGGGGGCCAUUGCAGGUUGUUGUGUUCCAAAGAGAGACUGGGCUGGGUCAGCCAUCGACAAGAAAAUGGGUCAAGCUCAGAGCGAGGUGGCCUCAACCCCAGAGCCAGAGGUAGAUCAAACUCAGAGCCAGCUUUCAUCGUCCGUUACACCACAUAAUUCUCGGCCAGAUACUCCAAUGGAAUCUCUUAUUGCAGAAGCUGUAGCAUAUGGAAACAAUGAGAAUGAGUCUCUUGAUGCAAAAGCUCAGAGAGCACUAGAAUGCCCGUGCAUAGCUGACUUGCGCAAUGGCCCAUGUGGGAUUCAGUUUUCAGAUGCCUUCCUUUGCUUUCUCAAAAGUACUGCCGAGGAAAAGGGUUCAGACUGCGUGCAUCCUUUUGUGGCUUUGCAGAAUUGUAUCAAAGCUAAGCCUGAUGCAUUUUCCAAGGACAUUUUAGAAGAGGAAGUGAAGAAAGAAGAAAAGCCAGCCCAAGAAUACAGAAUAAUCCCUCCCAAAUGGUCACGGGAAUCUCCAAGCCCCAAACUUUAGAAAUCAUGGUGGGAAGUUCUGAUGCUAGCCAUUGCUAGCUACAAAUUUUUCCAUGUCGGAAUUGCAGUUCUGUAUGCAGUUUAGAUGAAUAAUCUUGACCUCUAAUUUUUGAAGUAUAGAAUGAAUGUUUGUGGAAGUGAAAGAGCGAAGACGAUAAAUUUGGACUGUUGAACACAAAUCAAAGGGAAAUGCUGAAGAAUAGUUUUGGGUAUUCUAAAAUUCUUGUUUUUUAACCAGGAAUAAUUUGCUGACAUUAUUGUUUUUUAGUGUCAGAUAAGGGGAUUACACUGAAUAUUAGUCAGAUUUGAAUCCAGAAAUUUGAUAUUUAUA